GGGGCACGAGGCGGGCGGACCGCUGGGUGAGGAUCAUGUGUAGUCCACGCGCCGAAAGCAGGUUACAUGCAGCGAGCCGCAGAGCAGGACAGAGCCGCGAGAAGACGAAGGAAGAGCUGCUGCUGCCGUCGCCUCAUCACAACACAACCUCCGAGACGGACACAGAGUAUCCGACUACAACACUCCGUCGCUUUCACUUAUUUUAGGCUCGGGCGCGUGCGAAAAACAACAACAACAACAACAACAAAAAAGGUAGAAAAUCCAUAUGAGGAUUUGCUGUUGUGACAGUUUUCAGCUGCUCCCGGUUUGGAGCAAAUAAGUGCGCGUCGCUCUCCGUGUUUUCUUGGCUUCGUUUCCACCUGGAGUUGCAUGACUUGAAGAGUUGGCGAGACUUCACCGCCGACAUGAGAGCUCAAAUAGAGGUGAUUCCGUGUAAAAUCUGUGGGGACAAAUCAUCAGGGAUUCACUAUGGUGUCAUCACCUGUGAAGGCUGCAAGGGUUUCUUCCGACGCAGCCAGCAGAACAAUGCUAUGUAUUCCUGCUCACGACAGAGGAACUGUUUAAUUGACCGGACCAACCGUAACCGUUGUCAGCACUGCAGGCUGCAGAAGUGUCUCGCUCUGGGCAUGAGCCGCGAUGCGGUCAAGUUUGGUCGAAUGUCCAAAAAGCAGCGCGACAGCCUGUAUGCAGAGGUCCAGAAGCACCAGCAGGCCCAGGAGUGCACGGGGCUCGGUGUCCGCGAGCGAGAGGAAACCGACAUGGCCGACCACGGCCGCACCUACAGAAGAAGCUCCACCACCACGCUCAGCGACCUGGACGACAUUAGCAUGCUGCCAGAAGGCCUGCUUUUCGACCUGCCGCUCACCCCCGAGGACGCGGGUGGAGACUACUGUAACCUGGACAUGCUGGGCGGCAGUGCAGGCAGCACCUCCUCCUCUCAGAGUUCACCAGAACAGACCAACUUGGACUUUGUUGACGUCAACCACAGCAUCAAGCACGAGUACCAGCUGUUGCACGACUCUGGACUCUUCUCACAUGCUAUCCUCAACCCGCUGCCCGAGGGCUGCUCCCUGCUUGAGAUAGAGCGUAUAACUCAGAGUGUGCUGAAGUCCCAUAUUGAGACGAGCCAGUACGGCACAGAGGAUCUGAAGAGAAUGGCGUGGACCUUGUAUAGCUCAGAAGAGACACGCUCAUACCAGACCAAGUCAGCUGAGGCGAUGUGGCAACAAUGUGCCAUUCAAAUCACCAACGCAAUCCAGUACGUGGUCGAGUUUGCCAAGCGCAUCUCUGGCUUCAUGGACCUCUGUCAGAACGAUCAGAUCAUCCUCCUCAAAGCAGGCUGCAUGGAUGUUCUCCUGAUCCGUAUGUGUCGGGCCUAUAACCCCAUCAACAAUACGAUGCUCUUUGACGGAAAGUUUACAACUGCUCAUCUUUUCAAAGCACUUGGCUGUGACGACCUGGUGAAUGCAGUGUUCGACUUGGCUAAAAGCCUGAGCCGGGUACAAAUGUCCGAGGAAGAGAUGGCUCUCUUCAGUGCUGCUGUGCUGCUCUCACCUGACCGACCCUGGCUCACAGAUGUUCAGAAGAUACAGAAGUUGCAGGAGAAGGUCUAUGUGGCUCUGCAGCGCUGCCUACAAAAAGAGGGAGCGUCAGAAGAGAAACUAGCUAAGAUGGUGUCUAAGCUUCCCAUCAUGAAGUCCAUUUGCAACCUUCACAUCGACAAACUGGAGUUUUUCCGCCUGGUCCACCCUGAGACCGCGUACACCUUCCCGCCUCUGUAUCGGGAGGUUUUUGGGAGUGAAAUCACCUUCCCAGACUCCACAGAAGGCUAGAACCGCCGAGCUAAAGAGAGGGAUUUAAAUGGAGAGACAUUGAGGUGUAGGGAAGGGGAGAUACAAAUGUGGCAUCCAGCUGAGGCAAAAAAAACAACAACCAGCAGCUCAAGGACAAUCCUGCACGCUACACUUUAGGACACACUCCUCUCACCUAUGAGCUCCCAGCCCUGUGGAGGAGCUCACACUGCCCUGCAGGCCAUUCAGCUUCAACGUAACACGACAGGAACUGCUGCAGUACACGUUACCUCCUUUUUUUUUUUUUUUUUUUCUUUUUUUUAAGGGACUUAUUUAAGAGUAGCCCACAUCAUUUGUGUUUUCUAUGAGAUGACCUUAAACUUGUCUCAUAACGCUGAAUUUGACUUUCGACCAUUCUCAAAGUUCCCGCAAGCUAUUGUUGAAUGUAUCCCCUUUCUCCCCUUUGCCCCUUUAGGCUCGAAAUAGAAUGUACAUACUUAAAAUCCGCACUUACUCGGCGGAGGUUUGCAGUAACGACGCCUGUUUCAGUUCUCUCGUCUCGUAGCGGCUUAUGAUUUCAUUCGAUAUUUUUUUUCCGGUAGCGCCCAUAUUUUUGCAGUUUCGUAAUGUGUGAACAAACUGUUUAAAGGGACCAUGAUCAAACUCCCAAAGAGACAGGGUUUUUAAAACUGUUGCAAUGGAGGGGCAAACACUCCCGAGUGUCUGCCACCGCCGUGCACCCACAAACUUUUGCACACAGAGCACAAAAAAAGCACUUAAACUGAUCUUUGUAGGUAUUUUUACCAGCACAUCCACAGACACUGAUGGAAGUGAGCUCUUUAUUAAUAUUUUUUUUUUAUGCAAUCAGUGACCUCAGCCCUAACACCAUUUGAAAUUUGCCACCUGGAGAGUGAAAAAAAUCACAGAGGUAUUUUGAAAGUAUUUUCAGAUGCUCCUUUUAUACAUAAAAUAAAUCAUAACUAUAUAAUCAUGUACGAUAAGAGCAGUCCUGAUUUCAUCCCGAGUGAGGUGAUAUUCUUGAGCUCAGGGGUCUCUCACACAGAUACUGCCUGCCCAAACUUUAGGGGUCAGGGGCGGAUAGAUUGGUGUCUUUUAAAAAGAAAAUCUAACGGAUAAUUAUGGCACUUGUUAGAUUCCAAAAUGAACUCUUGGCACAAGGUUUUUACGGGUUUGCACUUUAACUCACGUUAAACCAGUCAGAAAUGCCAGACACACCCACCCGCUGUAGAUAAGCUGUAUGAACAAGGUGCCGGGGGCAGCCGACCCCUUCGGGGGUCAUGAGUUCUCACGGAAGGAGCGUCUGGAACAGUCACGCCUCAGCCCCCUUCCCCUCCGCAGAGGACCGACAUCGCCUCAAAACCUCCAGCGCCGGCUCAACCGGCAGAUUCAAAAGACUUUCCGAGUGAAGGAAGAGAAUGAACUUGAGAGUUGGGUGUGGAAAUGUGACAGUUAAUCACAUUGCCACCUACGUGGUUGGACGAGGGGCAAAGAAGGGUGGACUUGUGGGUGAUGGUGUUCUUUAAGGCCCUCAGACGUCAGUCAGAGGGGAUGCUGUCUGCGGCGGGUCGACUGGGCUGUUCGCAGGAAACCGCGGUGUUCUGAUUGGAGAAUUAGGUCGCCCACCUCCCCCCCACGCACUCCCUUACUACCUCACCCUCUUCAAACACUACAUGGCGCAGGGAAGGGUUGACAGAGCCAUCAGCUACCCCCCUGAGUUACAUACAUUCUCGAGAGCUUCUUCUAGAAUAUAACAAUUAGUGGUGCAAUUUGAAGGCCAGACUAAACUAUACUUUAAAACAGUUUUUAUUAUGCUCUUAAAACUGGACACAAGACACACUGAACUGCUGGAUCUACUGGUGGCAACCUCUCUGACUGCUUUUCUGUCAUUUGAGAGCAGUGCAUGCCUUUCGGUGCUAAAAAAAAAAGAAGCUACUCCAAAAGAAUAGUUGUAAUUGAUGCUGUUUUGUUUUUUUCACACGACCAGAUGUUGGAUGUCGAGCUCUAUUUAAUAUGUCAGCCCUGUUUGCUUUUGCACUGCUGGGCCAGUGUUGUUUGCCAUCCAUUAUCUCACAUAGUAUGAAGGGGUACGACCCUUAUCUGGGUACGUAAAAACAGCGGCGUGGUGGGAUUGCGCAAUCACGUCUUUCCCCAUUGUAAUAGCACUCCAGCAUUGUUUUAACCUCGCGGCACGACAAAUACUCUUAUUUAGAAUAUAAUGCACCGAAUACUCAGCCAACCACUACGCAGGUGAGUUGACACUUACGGAUUGUAACAAAGUGCAAUACUUUGUGAGACACGCUGCUUUCAAAAGGAUGCAGUGUCGUGUUUGCAGGCCUACACGCUGUCCAGGGGGGGGGAGGCAGCACUUGCAUUUUCCUGAGUUCCUCAGGGGGAUAGCUGGGCUCUCUGUCCCAAUAGUGUCUGCAGUGAGUCUCGCUAGCAAGACACCGACGUAGAAGACCUUAAAACCUUGAUCACUGUGUACAGUACGUGUUCUUGUGAAUGUUUUAUUUCAAAGUAUCAAAGAUUUUAAACCCUGUCUAAUAUCAUUAUUGCAAGACUUCUUUUUGAGUUUGAGUCAUAGAUGAAAUAGGAUAUUAUAAAAUAUUAAAAUAAAUAUAAAAGGUGGAUUAUAAUCUCUGAAUCGUGUGUUGGUUUUUGUUGUGAUCUUUUGUUUCUUAAAUUUGUAUAUCCCUAUGUCUACUGUUUUUUCCCCUCAUCAGUUUAGUGUCCUUUUUUGUCUUGGAGAGAUGUAAUUCUAUUUUUUUAAAGAGCGUUUUUAAAGAUGUCUCCCUCAAAGUUUCUCUUUUGUCAUGAUCCUUCUGUUUAUAUGUUCACGAUAUUUUAAGAUUAUUAUUAUUAUUAAAUCAAUAUGGAUUUUAAUAAGAAAUAAUUUAUGAUAUGUUAUGGAUAUAAAGCCUAAGAGGUUUUAACAAAAUAAAGUGUUAUUGCACAACGGUGAUACAAUAUAUGGAUUUAAGAAUGUAAUAAAAAGUAUUUUUACAAUUAAAAUAAAAAACAUGUUGCCUCA